AUGGCGACCGACGAGGAGGAGGCAAUCCGGCCUCUGCUCUGGAGCUUCAGCGGGUUUCGCGAGACCAACCGGCCGGCUCCCCUCAGGCAGCAUCUCACCGAGUCCCGCACCAGCCUCAAGGACAUCCUCUCGUCUCGCACAAAGCACUACGCCGUGCUCGCGCUGGUGUCGCUGGACGUGGCAGCGCUGUUGGCCAACAUCUUCAUCGAGCUCGUCGCCUGCGAUAUGAAGCGCGAGGACGAGCCCUGGGUCAGAGACACGCGCGAAGGGUUGACGAUCGCUGGGCUUGUGUUCAGCUGCAUGUUCAUGAUUGAGCUGAUACUCUGUGUGUUCGCCUUUGGUCUCCGAUAUUUCAAGGAUUGGUUUCAUCUGCUCGACGGGGUCGUCAUCAUAGCAAGCUUUGUGAUUGACGUGUUGUCGCACGGCAUCGUUGAGGAGAUUGCUUCGCUUGUCAUUGUCUUUCGAUUGUUCAGGUUCGUCAAGAUCGUCGAGGAGAUGAGCAUGGGCGCGGCGGAGAGGAUGGAGGGCUUGGAAGCGCAGCUGGAGGUCUUGAAGAGGGAGAAUGGGGAGAUGAAGAGGCAGCUGAGCCGGCGAUAG